AGUGCGGAGGGAAAGGGGAGGCCUUGAUGAGAAAUUCCCGGCCAUAAAUAUGGCAAAUUCAUCGGCCGCAAUCUCAUUUUUGCCGCAGUGUUUAUGUUUGUUUGGAAAAGAAAGACGCGAAAUCUGACUUAUUGAAAACGGUUUCAGCCGCAACUUGAUUUCAUGUUUCAUACGUAAUUAAAUUCUUCAAACGACUGGGUGAAAUGGCUACAAGGGUUAAACAGGAACCUGUGUCACCUCGGAAAGACAGCAGCCCCCCACCCUCAGCCAAUGCUGCAAGUACAUCAGAAAGUGAGCAAAGGAUACUUUCCUUGCUGCAGUCAAAUUCCAAAGGCAUCUCUGAUAAAGAUAUACAAAAUGAAGUUCCUGACCCUCAAGAAAGAGCAAAAAUUAUUAACAGUCUCUUACAAAAGGGUUGUCUUGAAUUGUUCAAUCAAGGUGAGAAAUUAGUUUAUAAAUAUAAGAACCCUGGAGGCUCUUCAAAAAUCAAAGGGGCCGACAAUGAAGAGAAAAUAGUUUACAGUAUCAUAGAGAAGGCUGGAAACGAAGGAGUCUGGGCUAAAGAUUUGAGGAAUGCAUCUGGUUUGGUCCAAACUACACUGUCUAAGAUCCUCAAGAAGCUUGUUAAUGAAAAAAUAAUUAAGACUGUAAAAUGUGUAAAUGCUCCUAGGAAGGUUGUCUACAUGCUCUAUGGGUUAGAGCCUGAUAGUUCAGUAACUGGGGGUGCAUGGUACAAUGAUCAAGAUUUUGAGUCAGAGUUUGUUGAUGUUCUGAAUCAAUAUUGUUAUCACUUUCUCCGUCAAAAAAAAGAGGCUGUGAAAAAUUGCAAAGAUGGCCCAAUUGCUGCUCAGAAUUUGGCUAGUGCCUCCUCUGCGGAUGUAUGGAAAUACAUAUCAGAACUUGGUAUUAGCAAGGUCAAACUGUCAGUUCAAGAUAUGGAAACCAUCUUGAAUACCCUGGUUUAUGAUGGCAAAGCGGAGCGUACUGUUCUAGCUGAUGGCAAUCAUAUGUACCGGGCUAUUGAGUCUCUUCUACCUCCCCCUGGAAUAGUUCAAACACCUUGCGGUGUUUGCCCGGUUUUGAAGCAGUGCAGUGACAUAGGAUCAAUUAAUCCAAAGAAAUGUGUUUAUAUGACAGAGUGGCUUGAAUAAGAUUGUAGUUAAGAAAAUGAAAUAAUAAAACAUAGUGAUCAGAAAGGUC